GCCCAACGUUGUUGAAUUAUAUUGGCCUAAAUGGAGUUGUUUUUAGAAAUUCCUUGUCAUUCGUCAUUCGCUUGUCAUUCGCCAUACAGGGAGGCCCCAGAUUCAUCAAUCUAAGAGUAAAACCCGGAAGAGCAACCCGGAAAACCCUACGUAGAAUCAUAGAUCGAAUUUUGUCAAGUUAUUGUUUCGAUGUAAAAUAUUUAUUUAUUCUAAUUAAAUAUGUCUCACCAAAGACCAAAGGCUACAAACAAGGCAUCGCUAUUAUUGCUGAAUGAUGAAAAUGAGGCGCUUUUUGCUUUGCUCGGAAAAGGAUGUGUGACACUUGCUACAGGAAUUGUACAGUUGUAUUUAUCAGAUUUGUCAGAUAAUCAUAGAUGGAACAAGAGAUGUUGUGGUGUUGCAGCUUUUGUCAAAGACAAUACAAAACGUUCUUAUUAUAUCCGAGUUUUUGAUUUAAAGAAACAAUCAAUGAUAUGGGAGCAAGAGUUGUACAACCAGUUCCGAUAUAAAUCACCAAGAGAUUAUUUUCACACAUUUGAAUGUGAUAAAACUCAAGCUGGUCUUAACUUUGCUAGUGAAGAUGAGGCUAAUUUGUUUAAAAGUGCGGUAGAACAAAAAUUGCAUGAGAGGAGCUUGAGGAAGCAAGAAAAGAAACAAAGAACAGUUCAUCAUAAUAAUCGACCUGUAGGUGCCAGUAAUCCUCCUUCAGCAGGAUCAGUUGGCAACCAAACUAAAGUAACUACUAAUGUUGAUAAUAAAAUAAAUGGAUCUGGGACAUUGUCUAAGAAAAACAAGAAAGAAAAGAAGAAAGGAAAAUUAACUAAAGAUGACAUUGGAACUCCUACAAAUUUCAAACAUGUUAGCCAUGUUGGAUGGGAUCCUAAUAAAGGUUUUGAUAUGAACAACUUGGAACCAGAGAUGCAGAAUUUAUUCCAAUCAGUUGGUAUAUCAUCUGACGAUCCUGUAGAUAAGGAAACAGUUGAUUUUAUAUACGAUUUUGUUGAAAAACAUGGUGGUAUGGAUGCUGUUAAGAAAGAGAUAGCUGGACGACCUGCCCCACCUCCACCACCUUCAGGUCCUAGAGGUGGAGCCCCCCCUCCUCCAGUGAGGUCUACCAAUUCCUCCGCCCCACCUCCACCAUAUAGAGGGGCGCAACCACCUUUACCUCCUUCACGCUUUGCAGGAGGUCGUCCAGCUCCCCCACAAUGUACUCCAUCACGGACUGCUGUAAAACCCCCUAAUGCAGCACCCCCUCCCCCACCUCCAGUUUCAUCAUCUAGACCCCCACCUCCACCAGGUGCUGGGAUUCCCCCUCCUACUCCUCCUCCUCCUCCACCUGCUGUAGGAGCUGCACCCCCUGCUCCUCCACCGCCACCACCAUCUACACCAUUUGCUCCCUCCGGAGCCGUGACAGAUGGACGAUCUAAUUUAUUGGAUGCUAUCCGUGCUGGUAAAACAUUACACUCUGUAGAGACAAGUUCGGGGGAAAGUAUUGGUGAUGAAAGAGAUCAGUUGUUAAAACAAAUUCAAUCUGGAUCCAAACUUAAAAAGGUUGAUCAUCAAGUGCAGGCCAAAACCCAAUCAGUUAAUGAACAAGAUGGUUUAGUUGGAGCUUUAGCUAGAGCAUUAGCUAAUAGACAGAGAGCUGUUAGAGGUUCAGAUGAUGAUGACAGUGAUGAUGAUGAAGAUAGUGAUGAUAAUGAUGAUGAUGAAUGGGAUGAUUAAUUAAGGGCUAGCGCUACAACAAUAUAAAAUUUUGAACUUUAAAAUUUUUUGGCACCAUUGUAAACUAAUGAGAAGACAGGUUGCGAUGUAAGUGACAUAUUCAGGAUUUCCAAAAUGGAUGAGGCUACAGAUUUUUAUCUUGUUGUCACCCGUGUCUGUACAUCCACAAUUGCUUAUGUUAGCAUUUGGAAAAAUCUUAUCAAAUUUUAUUAUUUCUGAUAAUUAUUUUGUUGAGAUUCGUCCUUGAUUAGUUUUCAAUGUCUUGUUAAUGCUUGCUUUUCCUGCUGUUGGUGUAUAUUUUGCUGCCUGGCAACCAACUUUAAACUAUUACUUCAAUUGUUAUUAGUUGUGGCUGUUAUAAAAGGAAGGGGUGGGUGGAUGGCCCCCCGGUUUCCUCCCAAUGCUAAAGACCAAUACGUGCAAGUGAAUUAUUGAAAUGACCUAGUUUGUGUUGUGUGGACUUAAACCCCAAUUUUCUCUCUCUCUCUGUGUUAUAAAAGAUGUCUUGAUGAUUCGUGUCUUGUUGCAAUGUACUGUGAUACACUGUAUCAUUAGUUGUAAAAAUUAACAUGCAUAAAUGAACAUUUUAGUGAUUGAGUAAUUUAAUUUUUAAAGGAGCUAAAUCGCUAAUAUUCUGGACCUAGAAAUUGGCACAAAUGGGUCGCAACACAUAUAAUAAUGUAAUAUUUCAAUUUAUAUAAACUGUUUCACAUUCA